AUGGAUGGCCGUAGUACCUGGUGGAGACUAGGGAUGAAUGUCGUGAAGGGACUGCAAAAAGGUGCAGGUUCUACAAAGAUCAAAUUCAAAAUUUUAACUACCCAGGUAGGCAAUACAUGCCUAGGUAAGCGUGGGGGCAUACUCGAGUCGAGAGACAUCAACUACUGUUACCAAUCCUCUACUCGGAUUUCCCUGGGCCUCGACUUCAAAAUACAAAGAGAUUGGCCAAUUAGAAGGGAUAAAUCGAGCGAGCCCUUGACGCCAUGCCAUACCAAGGCGUCUAUGCCACGGUUACGGCAUCAAAAUAUCGGGCAAUAGCUUA